AUGGAUCCCGAGCAGACGUUCAUAAGGGUGCAAGAACGAUUCUCUGAGAUGCUGACUCCGAAAAUCAGAGCCAAGCUCGAGUACUUUUUCCUAUUUUUGGCCAUCACCCUUUUCUGUAUUCUCGUCGUCAUGCACGCUAAUUAUGUCCAGCAGCCUGGCUGUUCGAGUGAGUUCUCGAGUGUGCAGUUGUCAGGUGCCCAGCUUAUUCAGAUUAGGAUCACCAGUGCUGGCUUGUGGUCGCAUAAUGAUUCUGUGAAUGGUGUGGUGGAUGUUCAUGAUGCGGAAGCUGCUUCUGAAACUCAAAACCCCCUUAAUCUGGAGGAAGAUGGUUCACCUCAUUCGGCCUCAAAAUCGUGGUUAAGUUGGAUAAGCUCUGACAUGAGGAGGCUGAAAUCUUCAUUAGAUGUUUGGAAGAGUGACAGUGAUGUUUUGGUGUCUGACCAAGAAGUUUCUAUCAGCAGUGAAAGAUUUAAGCCAGCCUCUGAUGAUACGCCAGUGAAAUCCAGUAAAGAUGUUCAAUGGAAGAGAUUUUUUAUUUCGCCCAAGGAGUUCCUAAGAGCAGCAAUUGUCCAUAUCGGCAAAAAGUGGCAUGGGCGCUUAUCUUUCUUUCUGAGGUUCACAAGGCGAAUUCUUGGAGGUUUAUGGGAUAUUUCUGGAAUAAAUUUGAACUUCGACAUUCCCAAAUGGCUAAGAAUCUUACAUUUGGACAGACUCAACUCCUACGCAGUGCAGUGGCUCGAAAAGAGAAGCAAUGCCUUCGAACCAGCUUAUUUAUAUACCAUGGAAAAGGGUUAUUUCUUGUUGCCUGAAGAAGCCAGGUUAAAGCAUGGAAUUCAGAUCGCCAAUAUUAGCAUUUCAGCCCGGCACAGUUGCUUUGGCAACCGGUGGCAGCAGCUGCUGAUAAAUAGGCUUGUCGGGUAUGACACUAUUCUGAUGAACAGUUUGUUGAAUUCUCCAGGCCUUGGUUAUCUGUAUAAUUACCAAACAAGGGAGUUCUACAAUCUUACUUAUGCGCAUGAACAACCUGCAAGCUCUGCAAAAUUUGGAGACUAUCUUGUGACCAAGUGUGGCGUAUUGAUGAUGUCACUUUUUGUGUUCUUCACAACCACGAUGUCAGUUUCAUUCACGUUGAGAGAGACGCAGACUCGCAUGCUGAAGUUUACAGUGCAGCUCCAGCAUCAUGCUCGACACAGGCUUCCAACAUUUCAAUUAAUUUUUGUGCAUGUAAUUGAAUCACUUGUUUUUGUACCGAUAAUGAUUGGAAUCCUAUUUUUCCUCUUCGAGUUCUAUGAUGAUCAGCUAUUGGCUUUUAUGGUUCUGAUUCUUGUCUGGAUCUGUGAGCUGUUCACACUCAUCAGUGUUCGCACGCCGAUAUCGAUGAAGUUUUUUCCUCGAUUCUUUCUACUCUACUUUCUGGUGUUCCACAUAUAUUUCUUCUCCUACACAUAUGGGUUCUCUUAUUUAGCUCUGUCAACCUCUGCAGCAUUUAUGCAACACCUAGUCCUCUAUUUCUGGAACCGAUUUGAGGUUCCUGCCCUGCAGAGGUUCAUGCAAAAUCGUCGGUCAAAUCAGCAGCACCCAGAUUUUCACAUCACAUCCUCAACCAUUCUUGCCUCAACAUUACGUAUCACAAGAUUAAACACGAGGAACAACACUGCAUAUAUGGCUCCCGGACCACUACCCAGACCUGCAGCCGAUAAUGGGAACACGGCUAGAAAUGUUGCCACUGGAUUUCCCGGUCCUCAACCACAAGCCAACCAUGAUGAUGAUGAUAACAAUAACAAUAACAAUAGUAAUACCAAUAACAAUAAUCCAGAUAGGAUAGGCAAUCCUCUUGGUAUCGGGGGACAACCAAUCCUUCGUCAGCCAGAGAAUGGAGGAGGUGUGCCCGGGGCCAUGAGUUCGUUUAGUUCCCUGUUGUUGUGGAUCCUGGGUGGAGCUUCUUCAGAAAGCCUAAACUCGUUUUUAUCGAUAUUUCGAGAUUUUAGGUAUCAUGGCCAAGUCUAUGCUGCCGCUGGACACCCACAACAAGAAAAUCAUACGGCGCAGAACAAUGAAUAA